AUGCGCGACCACGAGUCUGAGCCGCGGGCGCUCGGCGCCAAGUGCAGUGUCACGCUCGCGCUCGAGCGGGCCCCCGCGUGCGCCGAGCUAAUUGCAGGAGAGGGGUGGGCGAAAAGAUCAGCGGCAGCUGCUUACCCUCUGGGGGCACUGCGCUAG